AAGCAAAGACAAUUUCUCUAGAAAUAAUCAUGACUGAUAAUUUUACAUGUAACAGGACAGAUGGAGACAAUACAGAUUUCCGGUACUUCAUUUAUGCAGUGACAUACACUGUAAUUCUUGUGCCAGGUCUCAUAGGGAACAUAUUAGCCUUGUGGGUAUUUUAUGGCUAUAUGAAGGAAACCAAAAGGGCUGUGGUAUUUAUGAUAAACUUAGCCAUUGCUGACUUAUUACAGAUUCUCUCUCUGCCACUGAGGAUCUUUUACUACUUGAACCAUGACUGGCCAUUUGGUCCUGGUCUCUGCAUGUUUUGUUUCUACCUGAAAUAUGUUAACAUGUAUGCCAGCAUCUACUUCUUGGUCUGCAUCAGUGUGCGAAGAUUUUGGUUUCUCAUGUAUCCCUUUCGUUUCAAUGACUGCAAGCAAAAAUAUGACUUGUAUAUCAGCAUUGUUGGCUGGCUGAUCAUCUGCCUUGCCUGCCUACUCUUUCCUCUCUUGAGAACCAAUGAUGAUACUUCAGGUAACAGAACCAAAUGCUUUGUGGAUCUUCCUAUCAGGGAUGUCAAUCUGGCCCAAUCUGUUGCCAUGAUAACUAUUGGAGAGGUAGUUGGGUUUGUUACUCCUCUUAUGAUUGUUCUAUACUGUACCUGGAAGACAGCUUUAUCAUUACAAAAUAAAUACCCCAUUUCUCAACAUCUUGGAGAGAAAAAGAAAGCCCUGAAGAUGAUUCUGACCUGUGCAGGAGUGUUUCUAAUUUGCUUUGCGCCUUAUCACUUCAGCUUUCCUUUAGAUUUCCUGGUUAAGUCCAAUGAAAUUAAGAGCUGCUUAGCCAGAAGAGUGAUUCUAAUAUUUCAUUCUGUGGCCCUGUGUCUGGCAAGUCUGAACUCUUGCCUCGACCCAGUAAUAUAUUAUUUCACCACUAAUGAGUUCAGAAGACGUCUUUCAAGACAAGAUUUGCCUGAUAGCAUCCAACUUCAUACAAAACCAUACAAAAUUGUGAGUAACCAUGCUACUUCUACCAUGGCAGCUGAACUAUGCUAAAUAAAACCAAGAACUGAAAGUGGCCUGGACUGACAGUACCAGAACACAUUUGCAGUACCACAGC